UUUCUUCCCAGAUACCCCGAUCAAAUAUUUGAACAAAUGGAUUUAGAAGAAUCGUAUUUUAUUGAAAUCAUUACUUUCAACUUUCCGAAAAACUCUCUGGAGGUUUAAUUUUGUAGUUGUAAUUCUCAAUAUUCCCUGGGCAAUUUUUUUGUUUGUCCGAUUCAUUCUAACUUGCGUAUUUCACGUCGUAGGUCGAACUUUUGAAAAUAACUUCAAAAAUUUUAAUCCGAUUUUUAUUGAAAGAAAAAGACUUGGUUUAUUCCGAAAUCUAAGAGGCCUCUUUUAAGCACACGCCCCAUCUAAGCAACUAUUUUCUCAGCAAACUUUGGAAUUUAAUGGCGAUGUUUUUUUCAACAUAUCGUCGGGAAACUUCUUUUUAGCAAUAUUGAAGGAUGUGAUUUUUAACAGAACUUCGUUGUUCGUUCGUGGUGUCCGGAGCCAUGUUCACAUUUAUGAAUCCAGUGGAAAACUACAUCAAGGAAAUUCGGGUUCCUUGUAAACUCGAACCGAACGAAAGAGUGACAACUCUACCGUUUGUGUUCGAGUCUCGACCGAGUUCUCGAGUUCAUUCAGCGCACUCACCGGAAAUGAUGUCAUCAUCAUCAACGUUUCUACAUCCCUUUGCCAGACGACAGGAAAUUCCCGCAGUGAAAAAGCAGCUUCAUCGGGAGAUUGUGUACUUCUUUGGUUGUAACAAAGAGUUUUCCAGAAAUAAAGCUGCUGAAAAAUACUACAAAGAUUUACAUACUGUCGGAAUUUCUGGGAAUUUGGAGAACGAGGCAUCGCGCCAGCUUUACCGGUGUUCUACGAAUUGCCCCCGCCAGCGAAUUCUUCUAAAGCGACGCCAAAUUGAAAGAACUGUAGUAAAAUGACAAUAUAUAUGCCAACGAGAGACUGUAGUACCUUUUUAAGCUCUUGGUGCUUUGACUUUUCAUCUUACGUCAUAAUUGGUGGAUUAAAUCUUAACAGUGGUCUGGAAGCUUCUACCAUCGUUGUUACCAGUACUGCUGAGGAAAAACUCUUAAUUUCCUCAAUAGUCUCCUUGAAAGAAGAAAAACCAUCGAGUCUAUCCCCUCUUCUUUUUUAUAUAGCUAGAUCAUGCAACAAUUGUUGUCAGUUUAUCAGAACUAUGACUAUUUUACCAUUUUAUAUAAAGAAUAAUUUAUUUCGUUUAAAAAUAUAUAUCGAAACGGAUCAACGUUGCCUCCAGGUAGUAUUUUAUCUUUAACUCUUUCCCUGAAUUCUUUUUGUUAAUAGAAAUGUGCUAUCAUAAUUUCUGCAUAGGGUCUACUUUUUUCACAUCAAAGAUUGUAUUUAAGUUAAAUACAGACAGUAAUUCAAUUAAUAACAUAUCUUCCUAGUUUGGAGACCUAACAUCACGAACCCCUUUUUGCUGACAGUACAUGUACAUGUGUUUAUUUUCAACAGAUGUUACACCUCGUAAUAGAUGCAAAUGACGCAUUUGUAAAAUAAAAUGCAAUUACUUGUUUAACAGGUAACAUGAUGUUGUUUACUCACAUGCGUUUCUUGGCUGCUGUAAUUUAACAACAGAGAAGGGCUUUGUUUCCAGGGGUUUUCCCCCGUAUGUCCUAUUUACGUGUCCUUUUUAAAUGUUUUUCCAAGAUUCAAAAUUUGCCUAUAAGUUAGGUCAGUUAUCCUGAGUCGUUCGAUAGAGUUGAAGGCCAAAUGAACUUUUUGAAAAGGUCAUUUGACAAGGUCGUUUGGUGUAUAUGGGUGGUUUAUCACGUUAUCCCCCUUUUUAUUAGAAUAGUUUAUACCGGGUUUAUUUAGUAUUGUUGAACCACUAUUUAACACUAAUUUAUAACGAAGGUUUCCCUAUAAAAACCAUUCUUAUUAUAGCAUAAUCUCGAACAUAUUUGUUUUUUCAUAUCUUUAGCAUACAAAUUAAAUUCAAAACCUUUAGUAAAAUGUAAGAAUUCAUCAAAGUACAACUUUAAUCUUAUUAUUAAGCAAAUCAAAUCGAAUCUAUCAAUUAAAAAAAAAACGAAACCAGGAGUAUAUGAUGAACAACCACACUGUCAGGAGUUUGGCGCGUUAUAUAAGUUAAACCUUGAAGAGACGUGGUGACGCACAAAUAUCAAAUUUUUACACGAUUUCCAAUUAUUUUAUAUAUGGUAUGAAAAGAUGAACCUUUGAAAAAUUACGGUGCUCAAAAAAUAAAUAAAAUUAAAAAGAAAAAGAAAAUUACGCGUUGGGCCGACACAAACAUACUAAGUUUUCCUCCCGCUUCAUAGCCACGCAAGCGCAGGAGAAUGUAAAUACUGCAGCGUGGCAUACAUCAUGAGCCGGUAACCUCUCAUUGAAACGUGAUAUCUUCAAGAACUAUAUAUUCAUUAAGGUGCAUUCUCUAAAUGCAUAUUUUUUACCACAGUCAUCGAAUAGCUUCAAAUUUAAAUUCUUUUUUCAGUGUGUUAAUCCCAUUGUAACUAUUUUUAGACAUAAAUCGCAAUCACAUGACACUAAACCAAUGUCCAAAACAACUCGGUUUGUAAUGACCUGUAAAUCAAUAGGUGAUGACUUAUGAUGCCGUAUGUAUUUUACUAGUCUGGCAUUGGACAACAGAGAUUGCACUUUUUUGAUUUUUACAAUGAAUAUAUAUUUAUCUUUCAAAAAAGUCCUACGGCAGAAAAGAUACAAAAGGACUUUAAUUUUUUUGUAGUAUGGUAAAAAAAAGUUGAGUAGGGAGACUUUGAAUUGUCGACCCUUCAUCAAUGUACUUAAGUUUGUUACAUCGUUUCUGUAUAGUUGUUACUGUAUGUUUACUGGAAUAUUACGAAUAAAAGCAUAC